GAUUCAUUUCAAAUCUAACGAUCAUCAUCAUAUCAUCAUCAUCAAAUUGUGUUGUGUAAAAGAGAAGAAAAAAGUUAUCAUGGAAACGACAACCAUUUCGUUAGGACCGGCUAGGUCGAUACAAUCGAUACCUUUAUCAUCAUCAUCAUCAUCACCAUCAUCAUCGUCAUCGUCAUCAUCAUCAUCGAAACAAUCGAUUGGUCAAUCAUGGUUUUCAUCAUUUGUCAUUAUCAUUGGCAUUGUUUUAUUAUUAUUAGGCUGUGGUUGUGGACCAUCAUUACAGAUUGCAUUUGCACCGAAAUUGAUAACAAGAUUUUGUUAUAAUUCACCAAAUUUAUCCACUAUUAAUAGCCAAUGUGUCCUAUGUAAUUAUUAUAUGUUUGAUGCUACGGUUCUUGGAUGUACUGGAUCGACAGCAUUAACGAUGAAUAUAACGGCAACGCAGGCAUUCUGUGUCAUUUCACAAUGUUUAGGUCAAAUAAGACAACAACCAGUAUUUUUGGGACGUCGUAAACGAGAUAGUAAUUCAAAUAUGAUAAUGGAACAAUUAGCACCAAUACAACGUUACAAGGAUUCGAAUUUGGAUAUGAUCAAUCAAUCUGCUAUAUCUACAUUACCGGUUGAAUAUCGUAUCGAAAAAGAAGUUGAAGCAGAUAUUGUACCUGAUGAUGAUAUCGAUAAUGACGAUGAUGAUGACGAUGAUGGCUACGAAAUUUCCGGCAAAGAUUUGGAUUCGUCAAUCUAAUUGAUCAUCAUUAAUCAUCUAACUUGACCCUAUUCAUCAUAUAUGAAUGAAUGAAAUUAUUACAA